AGCACUAUUGUAUGGUCGAACGAAACUUUCGGAGCUUCGGGUCAGUGCUUUCAGCACAGAGAGCGCAGCCAAGCAGGCGCCAGCUAGUCACUAAACAAUAGUUCAGUGUAUCCCAAUAAUAAAUACCAAUAUGUUAAACGACAGUACAUGUUAUUUUUGAUAAUCGGUUCAUAAAGUUUCUAACAUGCUGUCGAAUAGACGCUUGAUUGCCGUUUGUGUGUUUGUAACAUGUUGCAACGUGGGUCUUUUGGUGCUAUUCUACAAUCUGAACGCGCACGAGAGAUGCUACGUCACGCUUGACGAGCAGUCGGUGAGAACGGUUGUUUCCAACGAGUUCCUGAGCGUCGGCAUCGACACAUCAGAAAUCGAGAAAUAUGAUAAGAUAGACUUUACAAAGCCGAGGUUUAGAAAGCUGGCAGCGGCGCUGGCGCCCGCGCGGCUCCGUCUCGGCGGCACCAUGUCCGACCGACUGAUAUUCAGCAAAGAGGAUGUCAUCCCUGCAACAUCUUGCGAUCUACCUUGCCCCAAAAACUACUCCAAAUCCGUCUGCUCUUCAAUUCAUAUCUUAUGCGGCAAGCCCCAUCCAUUCUUCAUAAUGACCGGUAAGAAAUGGACCGAGAUCAACGAGUUUUGCAAAGCGACGAAAAUGAGGCUCCUGUUCACCCUAAACGUAUUGCUACGCAACAGUAGUAGUUGGUAUGAUAAAAACGCUAUUGAACUACUAGAAUACUCCAAACCUAAAUAUCACCACAUAGACUGGCAGCUAGGGAAUGAACCAAAUUCCUUUCACCAUGUUUUUAAUGUAAGUAUCACCCCCAAAGCCUUAGCUCAAGAUUUUAUGCACCUCCGUAAGCUUCUUAAUCAUUACCGCUACAAGCACUCUAUGCUAGUUGGCCCUGAUACUACGAGACCUCAGGAGAACCGACCAGAAUGUCUGCGCUACAUGGUUGAUUUCCUUUCAAACGGCUCUGACUACAUAAAUGCUAGGUCUUGGCAUCAAUAUUAUUUAAACAGCAGAACAGCCAAGUUGGAAGACUUCUGGAAUCCUGACACAUUUGAUUUACUAAAGAGCCAAUUAAAAACUAUGCAUGACCAUACAACACAGUACAAAAACAUACCAAUGUGGCUGACUGAGACAAGUAGUUCAUAUGGUGGAGGUGCCCCAGGUUUAUCAGACUCUUACGCUGGUAGCCCACUAUGGUUAGACAAGCUGGGCCUGGCAGCCACCUACAACGUCACCACAGUUGUAAGACAAAGUUUCAUUGGAGGCAACUACAGUCUAGUAGAUAAACAGUUUAACCCACUCCCCGAUUGGUGGGUAAGUGUCAUAUACAAGAGACUAGUUGGUAACAAGGUGUUACGAGUAAACUGUAAGUGCUCACGCUUCCAGCGAAUGUAUGCUCAUUGUACAAACAGAAAAUAUACCAAUGACACAACAGCAGUGACUAUUUUUGCUAUAAAUUUGGAAAUGGCUAAAGCAAAAUUUCUUCUAAACGGAACUGCUUUGCAUGGAGAUAAUUUGUCUAUUGAUGAGUAUAUUAUUCAUGCUCCGUCAAACAAUAGACAAUCUAAGACAAUUUUAUUAAAUGGAUGGCCAUUGUAUUUUGAGUCUUCUAUGCCUGAACUGGAGCCGAUCCACAUAAAGUAUGGUAAUCAUAUUUCAAUGCCACCUUAUUCCAUUGCAUUUUGGGUGAUCAGGAAUACAUCUAUCAAGGUUUGUAAGUGAACACAGUGCAGUGUUAGGCAAGCUUUGGUGAUCAAUGAUCAAAAUUUGGUAAUCUACAGUUUUAUGUGAGGACUUCAACUUUCAUUUCAUUCCAGUGUUUUGUCUGCAUGUUUUUGUUUAAAUGGAUGUCUUUAAACUGAACAUCUACCUGUCUUUUUUGACAUGUAUGCUUUUAGAGUACCUGUAAUUUAUGGCUUAAGCGUAAUUUGAUCUGCUAUUGAACAGAUUUUUGUGAUUAGACUAAAGUUUCAAUUAUGCAAUUUGAAUAAAAUGUCUGAAAUAGAAAAAUCAUAAAGCACAAUCAUGAAACUAAAUAUGGGGCAAGAUGUAUAUAUAUUAAUGAUAUUAUAUUUGUGCAUACUCAUUGCUGUUGUGAUUUACUCACAAAAAACUAUUGAUUGUGAACUAGAACAAACUUUUAGGGUAGACUUAAUGUAUUUUCUUCAUACCCAUCAACUAAGAUUCAGAUGAAGAUUCAAAAUUUUCUUUAUUUAAGUAGGCUUAGCAACAAGCACUUAUGAAUUAAACUUAGCAGUGGGACUUAGAUUGUAUGCAAAAUGCAGUGCAUUUCCAGCCUAUGUCAGCUCAUUAGAGACGCUUCAUAGUAAUUCUAGCAAUUGUAAUUGUAACCACUCCUUGCCUUGACUACUCAUAAUCAAUGUUCUUGAUGCGACAUUGAACUCUUUUGCAUUUGAUAAAAAACUAAUAUUACACAUUGUAAUCUCGUGUAACAUCCAACCGCCUUUAAACUUAAAGUACAGAAUUCUGUAGCUUUUCUUGAAAGUAUUAAGGGCGUCUACAAACCUCACCGAUAAUUACAGUGCGGCAUUUGAUCGAUCGAUUGAAUUUGUUGCACCUACUUUAGCCAGAAAUGAUCUAAAUUCAUGCGUUUUGUUGCUAGAUCUAUAAAGGCCUCAAAAACGUGUGGUAUUAAAAACCAAACAGUUGCUGGUUGUCAAUAAAGCUCUAUUAGCGUAGAGAUACAUUAAAAAAUUGUGUGCAAAGAUAACAAUCAAAAUGUAUGCUUUUGGUUUGCACUAAAACUAGUGCAAACCAAAACCGUUGGCGCUUGACUUGAAGGUUUCAAUUUUUCUCAAGGAUUGGAUCACUUUAAAAUGAACCUUAAUGAAAGGUACUAAAGGUACUCUAAACAUGUCCAUUAUUCUUGGUGGUGACACGUGUAUCAUCUUCUCGACAAUCGUAUUCUGUUAUUGGAAUUUGAGCUUUGUUAAGUACGGUUGAGCGAUGUGUAUGAUAGUGUUGAUAGUAUUUGCAACUGUGCACUUGACAUUUGGCAUGGAUGUUAAAUUGUUUAUUUCCGAGUACCAUUUGUUACUAUUACUGUAAAUAAUAUGAACUUGUGGUCUAUUACGAAUUACGACCCUUUGCAGUAGUCGGAUGGUCUUGAAAUUUGUUUAUUACUUAUUACCUACAUAAUACACCUACCUACUGCUAAUAUUAACGCAAAAAUAGAGAAAUAUUACGGAGCUUUUUACCAGAAAAUACCACAUUUCGUCAGGUGACAACCAAAACUCACUAAUUACCACCACCACCAGUUCAUAGCCAUAGUAAACCGUAUUAGUACUAAAAUAAGGUUGAUUUUUGUUUAAGUAUUUUUUACUAAUUAGUGAGUUUUGGUUUCCCCAUAAAUGGCUUUUACUCCUCGCUAAUUUUAGCAAGGUGGCUCCUGCCAAUGUUAAGGUGUAGACUUUUGACUUGAGGAGAGAAUGUUCGAUAAAAUUUUGAUUUUUGUGUAAGGCUAGGCAUAUAAAAAGUACCUACAGUGGCGAUAGCGUUUUUAAGUCGCUACAAAUUGUGUUCAAGUCGUAGGAGGACAUUAUUUUAUUUGACCAUUAACUAUUAUCCCCGGCAUUUGCAGACGUUGACGUAAUGUAGAUUACUUUCAAUGUCAAGUCUUUCAUUAUAAGUAAAACUUUGUAAACAAAGUUAAUGAGGCUACAUUAUGAACGGCCAAUGAUAUGUGUUAGUUUAGGUUUAAGUACAGAUGGGUCACGACAUUGCUUUGCCAAUCAUAUGAGGCCGCCAUGAGGCAAAUUUAAAUACAGUAGAGUCAGCUUAAUAAAUAUUACAUUCGUGUUUGAUACGAUUUCCCGCGUAAAAAGAUCCGUUUUUGACGUACUUCAGGUGAAUUUGGUUUAUAUAAAAUUGUUUCUAAUAAAAAAAAAUAGUUUUUAUUUUACCGUUCUGUCGCAAUGCAUUAUUUAUGUAUCCAUGCCAAAUUGCAGCUUUCUAGCACUAACGAUCACGGAGCAAAGCCUAGGACAGACAGACGGACAUGGCGAAGCUAUAAGGGUUUCUAGGUGACUACUAAACCCUAAAAAACUGAAUUUUCUGCCUUAUUGUACCUAUUAUCUUACAAGUGGUUGGCCUUGGAAUAAAAUGUAUUUAACCCAACAAGUUGUAUUUUAAAGCUGAACAAAUAACAAUAAAUUCCAAAUGUAAUGUUUCGAGGUUAGGGUAAAAAUGUAAUUUCGUAAAUACAAAUGGGUAAAUGUUAUUCCAAAAUGAACAAACGGUACCCAUUUCUGUUGCUCUUAGCUGUUUAGUGUUUUGUACAAAAAUAGUUUUUAGUUGUCUGUUUACUUACACGAUCUUAUGGUACUUUAAGUUUUUUAAAUCCAUAAGUUAAGUCAAUCGUUUUUUCUCGUGUGCUUAUUAGAAUAUUCGGUGCCUAAUGUAAGACUGAUUAGAAUACAAUAAAGUCGACUGUGUUUUAAAGCAAUCUCGUUUGCAUGCAAAUGCAUAUCAAACUUGCAUCAACAUGGUAACAUGGUAACCACAUGCAUUUAUAUGUUAACGGAACUAACGUUUUGUGGGAAAAUUAACUCUCCGCCAAAAUACCGCUCCCAUACAAUCGAAAUUAAGUACACUCAUUAUGAAACUUGUAACGAACAUUUAAGUAACAUAUAUAACUAUCUAUGCCUGGUAUUGGUUUUUGUUGCUAAAAAUAUUAACACAAGAAGUGGGGGGGACACUCCUCCUUUCAAGCAAACUCGGCUCCGUUCGGCUCAAUAUUGCUCCGAGCAGUUAUUAGGGUUGGAGUUGGCACAACUUGACGUCCCUUUGCGUGCACCACCACAGAUUAGAUAAUGACUUGAAUUUUGACAACCCUAAAUAGCUGAAAGGGAUAGUGCCAUACAUUAGAAAAGGACAGCGUGAUUCGUCCCUGAAUCGCUGUCAAACUUCGGUUUUAUAGGAAGUACUAUUAUUUAUUCUGUAAGUAAAAAAAAGAGCGUGUCGGAAGUUUUUUUUAUGUAAACGGUUUACUCGCUCUACUUUCUUUGUAUUACAAUUCCUAGCAACGAAAACUAGUACCGGACAUAUAUAUGUCACUUGAAUGUCCAUGCUAAGUUUCAUGUCAUUUCAGCAAGUCGUUUUAAAAUCAGAGCGUAACUUAUUGAAUGGCGGCGGAUAUUAGGUGAGGCCUUAGAAAGUUUUGGUAUGCAUUGACAAACUUACUAGGUUGUUAGAUUAUAUUUUUAUCCAGGUUGUUUAAAUAUUUAGACUACAGAGGUUGCAAAAAUUCAGUCGAAUAUAUUUAUUUACAUUACAUAAAUCUGAUGAGAUGUAAUGUGGUAUAUAUUUUACUUGUUAUAAAUAAAUCCUAUAUUGAUAACGUACGCACUGAACUAGGCACUCAAGUCGAUAAUUUGUCAUGAUUCAUGAAGGACAGGGGUCAAAAGCACUUCUGUUGUACACUUUCCCUAUCAACUUAAUCGAGAAAUGAAUUCCACGCCGUUAAAGAGCUUAAUACCCAACGUGACCUUAAAGAUGUUUCUCAGGAAAAAUGAAUACCUAAAAAUUAUUCUAUUUGAACCGAUUGCUGAAUAUGAAUAAAUAAAUUGUAGUAGUUUAGAUAGUUUAUAGAUACCUUUUCUCAGCGACUGUAAUUUGAGUUUGGUAGAGAAUGUUACAGUACGUAAUCUAAUAGUAAAUAAGCCUUAUGCCUUCCUUAAUUCUUUGGUUUUGUAUUUUUAUAUUAUUCUACGUCUAUAUUGUUCUAGAUAUGGCCUAGGUAGGUACAGUCGGCAUCAGUGUGUGACGGCGAAAGUGGCCAAAUAUAUCGUAUACAUACAUCUUUGUUACAAUAAAAAAUAUGGAUGUGGUGUAACCCGUCACUAUCUAUUUGAUGCUGACUGUGCGACAUUAACAUUUGAAAUGCCUUGAACUGCCUGGAAACACGCCAAGUUUCUGAGUUCCGCAUUCUCCUAAAACCUAAUUCCCGCCCGCUUUUGUUUUAUUGAACGUCAGUAAGUGGAUAAGUACACGCAUUUUGGCACCAUCGCAUAAGUGUUAGUAAGGCCUGAGUGGACGCUCGACGCAGAGCGUUCGGCGGGGCGUGCAGCGUGGCGUCGGACUCACAAGUGAUGUGAGCAGCGUGCACUAAGGCCGGUCCUAUACGUUUGCAUUUGUUUAACAUGCACGCCGCACGCCCCGCCCCGCUGCACGCCCAACUCGAGCGUCCACUCAUGCCUUAAUUACACUGACGUUUUUAACCCCCGACGCAAAAACAGGGGUUAUAUAUGUUUGAUGCCAAUGUAUGUCUGUCUGUGGCAUUGUAGCCUUCCAACGGAUGGGCCGAUUUCAGUGCGGUUUUAUUUACGUGAAAGCGAGUUUUUCUGCGGUGGGUCUUAGCUAUGUUUCAUAUAAAUCGAUCCGGCAGUUUGAAGAGUAUCAGCUCUUUUCCAAAAUGAUGUAAGGCAUUUUUGGCAUAAAAUAGAUUUUGUUGGCAUAUAGCGUAGGCUUAGGUGCCAUAUAGGGUUUUAAAAUUUAUUAAUUAAAUAGUUAUAACGUUUUUAUCCGACUGGCGAAUAGACAGGUUACAUGACACUGUGUAUAGAAGACUUAUAAUACUUACCCUAAGUAAAGGCGUCAUCUCCAUGUUAUUAAAUUAUAAUAGGUAAUAGUUUGCCAUUAUUGAUCAAAUGGCCCAUCUAGAAUAAUAUUGUCGAUCUACAUACUUAUGUAUAGAUUUUGUAUUGUGCACUAUUAUCUUGCUUUACUAGAUAGCUAUGUAUAUUCUUUAACUUAUUUUUCUAGACAUAAAGUUACUUUUUAUUAUAGAACCAACUCGGACUAUGUUCUGGUUAGAUUAUUUAAAUACUGCAGCAUUAUUUAUUAAUAUGUCAAUCCAUUACAAGAUACAUGUUUAAAUCACAUUUAAAAUCGGGUCUAUCGCGAAUUUAUUUUGUUAUCUUUAUUUACCGACGUUGCGACAGGUUUCACUGGUUGUGGUCGCGGCGCGGCGGCGUGGUCGUGGUAACGUGGACCACCACCUGGAUUAGACCCGAUUUUAAACCCGGUGUGAACACCGGGUCGUUUUGAAAAACGAGAAAGUUUUAAAUGUUAUAAGAUACAUGUUUACUACAAAUACUACAAUGGUGUGCUUUUGAAUGUUGCCCGUUCAAAGAUUUUUUAAUUACAUUAACUCUAGGAUUAGGAAUACUUAGUGCAAAAAUUGUGUCAAAAUAUGUACAUCUCUCCAUAUAACCAUACGUUAUCUCGUUAUUAGAUCUUGAUAUAUUAAUACCUAUAAUUAAAAUAUAUGCAAAACUACCGUAUGCAUUAUGUGUAUGAUUAUAAAUAGUAUAUAUUGUUAUCUUUCGCCAUAUUAAUAAUUAUUAGACUGCAACAGCGCAAUGAAUACAGGUCACACAGAGUGACCUGUAUUCAUAAAUGUACGGCUGGGAGCUAUUAUAUUUUCACUCUUUAAUCUUUUGCCUUUUUCAUUCAUUUUUUUUAAUGUAGAUCAGGUAUUGACUGUAUUCGUCUUAUUAUGUUGUACUGAUUGUACUACUUUUUAUAAUUAAUUGAUAGAGUGGCAAAUGAAAGAUGAACCUGCAAAUACGCGGCAAUUAAAAAAAACCUGUAGCAGGCAUCCUUGUAGGAUUGCAUAACCUUGAUACUUUUUUAACCAUUUCUAUAUUAUUUUCAGUACUUAAUGUUUUUUCCGGGCUUACAAUUGUACGUGUUGCUUACGUAAGUAAGGGCAAAUUUGAAAUUGCCGCGUUUUGCAGGUUCAUCUUCUUUCAUUAACAAAACACAACAAAAACUACUUUUCUGACGGCUAUCUUUUCAUUUAAGUCACGGAAAACAAUAAAUUUACGUUUUUGGUGGGUAAGUGGGUAACGUUUACACAAGAGGUGUGUUAUGUAACGUAUGUACUAUAUUAUAUAGCCGUAGCAUGUAGACUAUUUUACAUACUUACCUACCCACAUUACAUUAAAGUUCAAUAUUUUCUAAGUGGUUGUAUCAUUUUGUCUCUACAUUAUUUAAAAAAGAAUAUCUUUUAUCGUUACAUUGCCCGUUGCUAUUUAAAUGAUCUCAUAUAGACAUAUACAUACAGAUAUAUACCUGCAUAGUUUUUUUUAUAACUAUUACUACUAGGUAUAGAUAUUAAAGGAUAGCAAAAUGUCAAAAUUGUACCUAUGGAUGUGCGUAUUCAAUUAAAUUUGUGCCUUUACUCGAUAAUAAAUAUUGCU